AUGGAAAUCGAUCAAGAAGAUUCAAGUAAUGUUUUUUUCGGCAAUACUAGUCCUGAUUUAGGUAUGUUUCUUUCCUUUUGGGUUGAACAAGAUUUAUGUUUAUCAUCUAGUGAUGAAAGUUUUCAAGAUAAUCUAAUUAUUGAUGAUGAUGAUUUCAUAAUGGUAUUAAAUGGAAUCAAUUUAGGUCAUGUGGCACAUGGUUCUUCAUUAAAUGCAAUAGCACGAUGUUCAGUUCGUACUGCAUCUGGUGAAACAGCAUCAUUUAAUGAUUUAGCUUCAGGAGGAUUUGAUCUUCUUUUAACUUUUAUUGCUCGAAUUCAUCAAAUAAAUGUUGCAUCUGUCAUUGCAGACAGUUAG